AUGGCUGAUCCUACCGCUGGAACUGCUACUCCAGACCACGAGGAUGGUCAACAUCACCAUGAGCACUCAGUCCAUACCCGGCUGAGAGCCAAUUCCACCAUCAUGCAACUGAAGAAGAUCCUUGUUGCAAAUCGAGGCGAGAUCCCAAUUCGAAUCUUCAGAACCGCCCAUGAGCUUUCGCUCCAGACCGUAGCUGUCUUCAGCUACGAAGACAGACUUGGCAUGCACAGACAAAAGGCGGAUGAAGCAUACAUGAUCGGCCAGCGAGGCCAGUACACCCCCGUGGCUGCUUAUCUUGCUGGUGAUGAGAUCAUCAAGAUCGCUUUGGCACAUGGCGUUCAGAUGAUCCAUCCCGGUUAUGGCUUUCUGUCUGAGAACUCCGAGUUUGCUCGGAAAGUCGAAGAGGCCGGUAUCAUCUUCGUGGGCCCUUCUUAUCAAGUGAUCGAAUCACUUGGAGACAAGGUGUCCGCCAGAAAACUGGCCAUCAAGUGUGAUGUUCCGGUAGUGCCAGGUACCGAAGGGGCCGUGGCCAAAUAUGAAGAAGUCAAGGCCUUCACUGACCAAUAUGGCUUUCCCAUCAUCAUCAAAGCUGCCUACGGUGGUGGUGGCCGAGGUAUGAGAGUCGUCCGAGAUCAAGAGAGUCUCAAGGACUCUUUUGAGCGAGCCACUUCCGAGGCCAAGUCGGCUUUUGGAAAUGGCACUGUCUUCGUGGAGCGUUUCCUCGACAAACCCAAGCAUAUUGAAGUUCAAUUGUUGGGCGACAAUCAUGGAAACGUGGUUCACUUGUAUGAGCGAGACUGCAGCGUUCAGCGCAGACAUCAAAAGGUCGUCGAACUUGCCCCGGCCAAGGAUCUUCCUUCCGAUGUCAGAGAUGCCAUUCUGAACGAUGCAGUCAGACUGGCCAAAUCCGUCAACUACCGAAACGCAGGCACAGCCGAAUUCUUGGUCGACCAGAAGAACAGAUACUACUUCAUCGAGAUCAAUCCUAGAAUUCAAGUCGAGCAUACCAUUACGGAAGAGAUCACUGGAAUCGACAUUGUUGCUGCUCAAAUCCAGAUCGCUGCUGGUGCUACUCUAGAGCAAUUAGGCUUGACUCAGGACCGUAUCUCUACCCGAGGUUUUGCUAUUCAGUGCCGCAUCACUACAGAGGAUCCCACAUCUAACUUCCAGCCUGAUACCGGAAAGAUUGAGGUCUACCGCUCAGCGGGCGGAAACGGUGUCCGACUCGACGGUGGCAAUGGUUUCGCUGGGGCGAUCAUUACUCCUCAUUAUGAUUCCAUGUUGGUCAAAUGUACCUGCCAUGGCUCGACAUAUGAGAUCGCGCGUCGCAAGAUGUUACGUGCGCUCGUCGAAUUCAGAAUCCGUGGUGUUAAGACGAAUAUUCCAUUCUUGGGUUCUCUUCUCACCCACCCUACCUUUAUUGAAGGCACGUGCUGGACCACCUUUAUCGAUGAUACUCCUGAAUUGUUCAAGUUGAUCGGUAGUCAGAACCGAGCCCAGAAAUUGCUUCAAUAUCUUGGUGACCUGGCAGUCAAUGGCAGUAGCAUCAAAGGCCAAAUUGGAGAGUCCAAAUUCAAGGGUGAUGUCAUCUAUCCUACCCUCUUGGACAACCAAGGCAAGCCUCUCGACGUGUCAGUUCCUCCCGGAACAGGUUGGAAGUACAUCCUCGACAAGGAAGGCCCAGAAGGCUUUGCGAAAGCAGUCCGUGCUAACAAGGGGACAUUGAUUAUGGACACGACCUGGCGUGAUGCCCAUCAAUCUUUGCUCGCCACUCGGGUGAGAACAGUGGAUUUCUGCAACAUCGCUAAAGAGACGAGCCACGCUUUGUCCAACGCUUUUGCUCUAGAAUGCUGGGGCGGUGCUACGUUCGACGUUGCUCUUCGCUUCUUGUAUGAGGACCCGUGGAGCCGUCUGCGUAAGCUACGCAAACUGGUGCCGAAUAUUCCAUUCCAGAUGUUACUUCGAGGUGCCAAUGGAGUUGCAUACAAGUCGCUCCCUGACAAUGCCAUCUAUCACUUUGUGAAGCAAGCUAAGAAGAAUGGCAUGGAUAUCUUCAGAGUUUUCGACGCUCUCAACGACAUUACUCAACUCGAGGUUGGCAUGAAAGCUGUUCAAGAAGCAGGCGGUGUCGUGGAAGGCACUUUCUGCUACUCUGGCGACAUGCUGGACCCGAAUACCAAGUAUACUCUAGAGUAUUACAUGGAUCUCGUUGACAAGAUCGUCAAGAUCGGUACUCACAUAGUCGGAGUCAAGGACAUGGCGGGAGUUAUGAAGCCUAAUGCUGGUCGUCAGCUCGUGGGUGCUAUUCGCAAAAAGUAUCCAGACCUUCCGAUCCACGUCCACUGUCACGACUCUGCUGGAACGGGCGUUGCCUCCAUGGUCGCCUGUGCUGAAGCCGGAGCCGACGCCGUUGAUGCCGCGACCGACAGCUUGUCCGGAAUGACCUCGCAACCCAGCAUCGGUGCAAUUCUCGCCUCACUCCAGGGGUCUGAUCUCGAUACAGGCUUGAAUGAUCAUAAUGUCCGCUCGUUGGACCAGUACUGGUCUCAAGUGAGACUCCUGUAUUCGCCAUUCGAAGCUGGAUUGACUGGGCCCGACCCUGAUGUGUACCAGCAUGGCAUUCCUGGAGGACAGCUCACCAAUUUGAUUUUCCAAGCAACUCAACUUGGUCUCGGGGCCCAGUGGAUCGAGACCAAAAAGGCAUACGAAGCAGCAAACAAACUCUUAGGCGACAUCGUCAAAGUUACUCCUACUUCUAAAACGGUCGGCGAUCUAGCUCAGUUCAUGGUAUCCAACAAAUUGUCGGCUGAGGACGUCGUCGCGAAAGCCGACACACUUGAUUUCCCAGAAUCCGUCUUGGAGUUUUUCGAAGGCUACAUCGGCCAACCCUAUGGAGGCUUCCCAGAGCCGCUUCGCACAAAGGCUCUGAGAGGCCGUAGGAAGAUGGACAAGCGACCCGGCCUUUACUUGGAACCCAUUGACUUUGACGCAGUCAGGAAAGAAGUCAAGGAGAAAUUCGACUCAAGCAAAGAGACUGAUGUGGCCUCGUACGUAAUGUAUAAAAAAGUUACCGAGGAUUACUUUGCGUUUGUCGAGAAGUACGGCGAUCUCUCUGUUCUGCCAACAAAAUACUUCCUUAACAAACCCGAGAUCGGCGAGGAAUUCCAUGUCGAAUUGGAAAAAGGCAAGGUCCUUAUCUUGAAGAUGUUGGCCAUUGGCCCCCUUUCCGACACCACUGGCCAAAGAGAAGUGUUCUACGAGAUGAACGGCGAGGUUCGACAGGUCACAAUUGACGACAACAAAGCGGCAGUUGAAAACACGAGCCGACCCAAGGCUGAUCCUAGUGAUAGCAGUCAGGUCGGAGCUCCGAUGGCCGGUGUCGUUGUCGAGGUCAGGGCAAAGGAAGGCCAUGAUGUCAAGAAAGGAGAUCCAGUUGCUGUCCUCAGCGCAAUGAAGAUGGAGAUGGUUAUCAGCGCUCCACAUUCGGGCAAGGUAGGCGAAAUCUUUGUCAAAGAAGGAGAUUCCGUUGCUGGGUCGGACUUGGUCUGUAAGAUUGCAAAAGCAUGA